UGGGCAAAACACAUGUACAUGUUGCACUGCAACCUUAUAGCAGGACAGAGGCCCCUCAGCUCAGGCAGGGGCGGGUAGACGGGGCAGAACAGCUGCACCUGGCUGGCUAUGGGUUAUUUCCUGCACCUGGCUACUUCCAGGUGUCUAGGAAAUGCUUGGAACAAGAGCCUCGGAGCCAGGGCCUGCUCCUCCCAGCUCUCUUCCUGAUCCAUCCUUCACUGCCUUUCUGGAGAUCCCUGUGCAGCAGCCUCCUAUGCUGCCCCCACCCACAGAUUGCGGAGGCUCCAGGCAUUCUUUGCAAAGGAUCCCCCAGGUGCUGCCGAGGCACAGCCAGGUGGCAGCGAUGGCAGCCUGUGGUGAGGACCUGCUUCAUGGCACAGGGAAGAAUGCUUCCCCUGCAUGGACAACUCCAGCCCAGGCCUCACCGGCAAGGACACCCCCAGCCCAGGCCUCACCCCCAAGGACAUCUCCAGCGCAGGCUCCCUCUACCCGGAAAUCCCCUUCCAGGUCGUCAUCUAACAAGUCUUCCUCUGCCAAGUCAGCCUCCAUGACAUCCUCCCCAACAAAAGCAUAUCUUGUUAGAGCAAAACCAGUUGUUAUCCCCAUCCGAGCAUCUCCUGCCAGGUCAGCAGCAGCCACCAGCACCAACAGGCAGAGCCUAGGUUUCGGCUUGCCCAAGAUCUCCUGGCAAGAGUGUAAGAAGCAGCUGCCUCUCAUUGGGUGCGUCCUCCUCCUCAUCGCCCUUGUGAUCUCGCUCAUCGUUCUUUAUGGGGGACGAGAGCCCCAGAGUCCAAGAGGGAUUGCAGUCUACUUCUGGCAAGGCCAUACAGGGAUCAAGUAUAAAGAGGCAGUUGAGAGCUGCCCCAUCCAUGCCGUUCGCUGCGAUGGGGUGACAGACUGCAAGCUCCGGAGUGACGAGCUCGGCUGUGUGAGGUUUGACUGGGACACAUCUCUGCUGAAAGUUUACUCUGGGACUUCCCGUGAGUGGCUGCCCAUCUGCAGCAGCAGCUGGAAUGACUCUGACUCCCAGAAGACCUGCCAGCAGCUGGGGUUUGAGAGUGCUUACCGGACAACUGAGGUGGCACAUGGGGAUUUUGCCAGUAGCUUCUCAAUCUCUGAAUUCAACUCCACCAUCCAGGAAAGCCUCUACAGGUCUCAAUGCCCUUCCCAGCGGUACGUCUCUCUCCAGUGUUCCCACUGUGGACUGAGAGCCAUGACCGGGCGGAUCGUCGGAGGGGUGCUGGCCUCAGGGAGCAAGUGGCCCUGGCAAGUGAGUCUGCACUACGGCACCACCCACAUCUGCGGGGGCACGCUCAUCGACCCCCAGUGGGUGCUCACUGCUGCCCACUGCUUCUUUGUGACCCGGGAGAAGAUGCUGGAGGGCUGGAAGGUAUAUGCAGGCACCAACAACCUGCACCAGCUGCCCGAGGCAGCCUCCAUUGCCCAGAUCAUUAUCAACAGCAACUACACCGAUGAGCAGGAUGACUAUGACAUUGCUCUCAUGAGGCUCUCCAAGCCCUUGACCCUAUCCACGCACAUCCACCCUGUCUGCCUCCCCAUGCAUGGACAGACCUUUAGCCUCAAUGAGACCUGCUGGAUCACGGGCUUUGGCAAGACCAAGGAAACAGAUGAGAAGACAUCACCCUUCCUCCGGGAGGUGCAGGUCAACCUCAUCGACUUCAAUAAGUGUAACAGCUACUCAGUCUAUGAUAACUACCUCACUCCAAGGAUGAUGUGUGCUGGGGACCUUGCAGGAGGCAGAGACUCCUGCCAGGGCGACAGUGGGGGGCCUCUUGUCUGUGAGCAGAAGAACCGCUGGUACCUGGCAGGCGUCACCAGCUGGGGCACAGGCUGCGGCCAGAGAAACAAACCUGGCGUGUACACCAAAGUGUCAGAAGUCCUUCCCUGGAUCUACAGCAAGAUGGAGAGUGAGGUGCGCUUCCAGAAAUCCUAACUGGCUCUCGCUCUCAGCACGGACUGCUGUGAAGACUCUGGCUGAACGCCCUGGGCCAUUUGCGACAUCUGGGCUAAUGGUCACCGGGCACCUUCAUCACUGCCACCUCCACUGUCUGCUGCUUCUGUGUGUCUGUGUGCACGCACAUGUGUGUGUGUGUGUGUGAGAGAGAGAGAGAGAGAGAGAGAGAGAGAGAGAGAGAGAGAGAGAGAGACUGUUCUCUGAAAUCCUUCAGAAACCAAGAGAACUCUCAGCUCUUCUUGGAAGCCCAGGCUGGAAAUCUUCAGGAGAUAAAAGCUUGGGCACCGUGGAUGUUCCUCCAGGGGCGUCCAUAGAUGAAUAAGGAGGUGAAGCCAGGACAGAGCCAAAAGAAGGGCCUGCGGGGGACGUCAACAGUUUCUGCUCCUCUGACCCUGACUUGGACACUAGGCCAGAGCGAGCUUGGGGACAGCAUUGCUGUCCUGAGACAGAAGAUGGGAUUUGUCACAGAGUGCACUUCCCGGUGCUUGGACUGUCCUACGUGGAAAGGCGUUUGCAUUGGCAUCUGUGUCCUCACUCAGACCCGCUGCGGGUGCCAUGGGUGCCAUGGAUGUCCUGGACCAGGCUGUGACUGUCUGCACUGAUGACUGUGACUGUACUUGUUUGGUCACAAGCUGUUGGGGCAGAUUUUUAUUUCAUUUUAUUUUUAUAUUUAAGAAAUAUAAAUACUGUAGAUGUAUUUAAAAAUAUCUCCAAAAAUUUCAGGGUCCUUGAGAGUUAGCAUUAAUCACUCCCUGAAACUCUCAGGGAUUCAUGGGAGCAUCCUACAAAGUACUCCAGGAGAAGGACCUGGAAAUGUCCCAGGUGGACUUUUCCAAGUCAGAGAUACUCAGGGAAGCAAAUCUUCAACUGGGCCUGCAGGCAAAUCCCACACAGAGCUGCAAACUGUUCCUGCCUUCAAGAGCUACCGUGAGGACACGUUGGCCCUCCAAACAGCUAUUCUGGAGGACCUGAGUUGGUCCCAGUCCUAUAGGCCAUCAGUGCACCCAGCCCCUUUGCCAGCUGAAGGCCUGUGCCUCCCUCUUUUCUCUGGGGCACCUAUAUCUCCCCAGGCCCCUCUUCCACCUCCCACUGAUGCUGUGAUUCUUGGAAGCAGGUGCAAAAAGAUCAGUCUGGUCCAGCCCAGCUAGGGCAGGCAACCCCUCAGACAGAAGACCCUCCCUGAAGAGCAGGCCAAGUCAGGUAUGGAGGGCAACACUGGGCAAUGUUACCAAGGCUGGGGAGGAGGGCACCAUUCGUGUCCACCACAGUCCCUCAGCCCAGAUCUUCAGUAAUAAAAGUGUAUGACAUGAA